CCGGUGGCCGUUGGGCGGCUCCCCGGGACGGGACCGGAGCGGCCCGGGCGGAGCCCGGCCCUGCCGUGGGCGCCCCCAGCAGGAGCAAGCGGAACCUCGCUCAUGGAGUUCGUGAGACGGUGUCUUGAAGCUUUUGUGUGCGCGAUGGCAGCCGAGGAGCAGCACUGGCCCAUCCCCAUGAAGGCCAUCGGGGCCCAGAACCUCCUGACCAUGCCGGGCGGGGUGGUCAAGUCCGGCUAUCUUCACAAGAAGGGCGGCACGCAGCUGCAGUUGCUGAAAUGGCCUCUGCGGUUUGUGAUCAUCCACAAGAGAUGUAUCUAUUAUUUCAAGAGCAGCACGUCAGCCUCUCCUCAGGGAGCCUUCUCGCUGAGCGGCUACAACCGGGUCAUGCGAGCAGCUGAGGAAACAACAUCAAACAACGUCUUCCCCUUCAAGAUCGUCCACAUCAGCAAGAAGCAUCGGACCUGGUUUUUCUCCGCCUCCUCAGAAGAUGAAAGAAAGAGCUGGAUGGCCCUGCUGAGGAAGGAGAUCGGAUUCUACCACGAAAAGAAAGAGCCUUCUCUCGAUUUCAACGAUUCGAAUUCGGACACGGACAGCUUCUACGGCUCCAUCGAGCGCCCCAUCGAUAUCAGCCUGUCCCCGUUCCCGACCGACAACGAAGACUAUGAACACGAAGAUGAUGACGAUUCCUACAUGGAGCCAGAUUCUCCGGACCGUUUGAGGAUGGAAGAUCCCAUGAUCCACCCUCCGGCCUACCCGCCGCCCCCGGUCCCCAACUUGAGGAAACCCACCUUUUCGGAAACGCAGAGGCCGCACUCCUUCUCGGUGAAGAGCCCGGGCCCCCCGCCGCCGCCCCCCAAGAGGGGCCUGCCGGAGAUCACGCCCGAGGACCUGAAGCGGGAACUCCUCUGCGCCCGGAAAGUCGAGCCCGGCGGGAAGCCGUCGUUGGGGAGCAGGAGGCUGAGCGACCCACCCUCGGGGUCCCCCCCGGCCGUACCCCAAUUCCGCCAACCGGUCGGCGUCCAGGAGAGCUGCUCAUCCUCCCCGGAGCCCCGGCCCCUGGGCUACCACCUGAGCGCCGCCAAGGCCUGCGACAGGCCCAGGCCCUUCCACCUGCCCCCGUGGGGACCCCCGGCUCCCGGCGGCGAGCUGCCCCCCGUCCCAGCCAACAAGCCCAAGAUGACCAAGCCCGGGUUGUUCGUUCCGGCCGUCGCCCCCAAACCCGGGCCCGAGCUGAGACCCCGACCCGAGAAGCCUCCCCUCCCGCACUUACAGAGGUCACCCCCCGACGGACAGAGUUUCCGAAGCUUUUCCUUUGAGAAACCCCUCUUGCCUUCCAAGGCCGACGUCUGCUCCGAGGAUUCGGAUGAAGAGUAUGAAAAGGUGCCACUACCCAGCUCGAUAUUUGUCAACACGACCGAGUCGUUUGAAGUGGAAAGGAUGUUCAAAGCCACCAACGCCCAAGGGCAGCCCCAGAACGGACUCUAUUGCAUUAGGAAUUCUUCAACCAAGUCCGGCAAGGUCCUCGUUGUCUGGGAUGAGACCUACAACAAAGUGCGAAAUUACCGGAUCUAUGAAAAGGACUCUAAAUUUUACCUGGAGGGAGAACUCCUGUUCGUCAGCAUCGGCAACCUGGUGGAGCACUACUAUACCCACGUGCUGCCCAGCCACGACUGCCUGCUCCUCCGGCAUCCCUACGGCUACGCCGGCCCCAGGUGACCCCGCUUCCCGGCCUCGACCGCUGCCUCGGAAGCAACCCGGACGCGACCGGAGCUCGGUUCCGCUGUAUUUUGCACACCGGGAGGAGA